AUGAAGAAAAACACAAAGGCAGAAAAGCAUUACCUCCCACAGCACAUAGAUGACUUCCCCCAGAGGAGGAACCACACAUGCCCUGAUUUCAACAAUGUAAACAAGACCUCGCGGCUUUUUGGUUUUUUUUGGGUUUUUUUUUUUUUUCCCCAUUUUACGUCGUCCCCUCUCGCAACCACGGCAGCCGUCGUCCUUUCGCAGCCGCCGCGGCCCUCUGCGGGCCCCGGGUCGGCCGCAUGCUGGGUGCCUGCACGCCGCCGGGCGCGGCGGGGCGGCCCCGGGGCGCGGUGCGGAGCGAGUUCGGCGGCGGGAGGCCAGCAGUGGGGCGGCGUGCCGGCCGGCUUCUAUCGCGGGCACCCGGGGUGGCUGCUGCUGCUGCUGCUGCUUUGCCUCCCGGGCAGCGGCCUCGCAGAGCCCAUAACAACUACACAGACUGUCAGUCAAACAACCUGGGGCAGCAUUGCAGAUCACUUGACACGUGCACGUGAUGUAUCUACACCUGGUCCAGAUCUUACCACGGUGGGUUUUAAUGAGGAAAUCAAUUCGAACAAGUCUAAGCCCCUUUACGUGGAGUAUGAGGUGCUCCUUCCUGGUGAAUCUGGUGGUCCAUUGGAAAAAAACAUCACUUUGGGCAGUCCGGUUAAAAUUGAGCUGUCAUGCAGACUGGCUGAUAAAUAUUCUUACGUGAAAAACCUUCAAGUGACUUGGAAGAGGGGAAAUGAAACUAUCAAACACAUCAAUAAAACUGAAAAUAGCUGGGGCAUCCAAUUGACUAUCUCAGAAAACGGACAACUGGGAAGUUACACUUGUGUGGUGACAGGUGAAGAAGAAUUCAGUGUGGUGUUUCAUUUACAAGUACCACAGAUUGAAGGAAGAGAAAAACCUGUCAUCAGUUAUGAAGGUGACUCAGCUAUACUGAUUUGUAAAAGUCGCAGUUAUACUCCCAUUGCUUGGACCUGGUAUAUGACCAAUGGCAGUGAACAGAUUGCCAUUAAUGAUUCCCUGAUGUUGGAUAAGUACGUAAUAGACAGAACAGAUGCCAAUGUAACCCAUCUGAAAAUACUGAAGCUCACCAAAGAAGAUGGUGGUGCAUACUGGUGUGAAGCUGCUUUUGAACUAGGAAAGAGUAAAGGAAAGCUGAACCUUAAAAUUCUGUCACUCAUGGAGCCACUCAAGCCAUUUCUAGCAAUAGUGGCUGAAGUUGUUAUUUUAAUAACUCUUAUUUUUGUUUUUGAGUUGUAUUCAAAAAAGAAAGAGAAACGUGCAGAAGAUGAAAAAGAAUUUGACCAAAUUGAGCAACUUAAAUCAGAAGAAAGCAAUGGUGUGGAAAGCAGUAGUGCAAGGCACAGAAGAGUUUAGUCUGGCUCCUAGAAAGGGAAGCCAAGCCUACAGAAGUGGAAAUCAACACAGAGUUAAAGAAGUGUGCAACUAUGCUUUUUGAACAUCAACUAUGUUUCUGCAUAAGCUCCUCUACAGUUGUAAGAAAUAAGAUGCUUUUAAAAUAAUUGUGAAAUGGCUCAUUUUUUUACCAAUAAUAUAUCCUGAUACACUGCAUUUUGAUUCUCGCUGUCUGUAAGACUGUCGUUUUAUGCUAAAAGGCAGGUUUUUCUGGUUAGAUUUCAUGUUGUUAUAUUGACUGUGUUUAGGACAAAAUUAACCUUACAUUUACUGAACUAAUGGGUGAUACAGAAAGGGAGCAUUAUCAAAACUAGAAUUUUUAAUACUUGUUAAAACUGGGCUUGUGAGAUCAAAAAUGUUUUCCACCAAAGAAAAUGCCUUGUACUGGCAGAUAAAGCAAAUGUGACAUACAGCCAUUUUUACCAAAGAAAUGUUCAAAGGCAAAUCUUUAUCAUUAUUUAAGUAGAACAUCAGUGGUUUUGCACUUGUAGUGAGCAGUAAAAUAUCUAAAUUCUAACUUUUUGCUUAGCUUCCUUUAAUUAGAAGGAAGUAAAAUAUGUUCAGGGUACUUCAUAGAUUAAUUUCCAUGAGAUGUCCUCCUGUACGGCUGUGAUUCUGUAUUGUAUUUCCAAAUAGGCUGAACAUUCUAAACGGACAACAAGCUGAAUGCUGUGCAGAUUAGAUACUUUGGUAUUACUUCAGAACAAGUGGAAGAAGGAAAAGGGAUACAGUGUCAUAUUAAACAUAAUUGAAAUCAUUUCUUGUACAGAUUACCUCAGGAUAUUUGGGAGUUGCAGAAUCGUUCUGUGACUACAACUAAUAUGGAGAUAUUUUCAGUCAUCUACCUACAUGGUUUUUAACAUACAUUGUGUAACUAGUAUUCCCACUUCCUCUCACAUAUGGCAUUGUUCCUUGAUGAACUCUCAUCACAAUUCACUGAAGGACUUGAGCAGCUAAAGUUUCCAAGGUAAUAGGUAAAGCACAGUGAGUACCACCAGCUGUUGCACAUAGUUAUGGUGCUGCUUAACUGGCAAUACUUUUACAGAAGAGUGGUAAUUUUAGAUAUAUUCAGCAGCUGAAAAUGGAAAACUGGUUAAUUGCAAUAGUGGCCUUUGCUUGCUAAUCCAAAGGAAAAAUUAGAAAACCAUUUCUUUUUUGAGCAGGGGAAAGUAGACUUUUGAAGGCUUUUUCUCUAUACAAAAUGUAAGGGAAAAACAAAGUGAAUGGAAAAAAAAAAUAA